AUGCAGCAGCAGCAAGAUCUAUCAUUCCUGGCUCCCGGAGAACGCCGUGAAAUCACGGUGAUCCUCUAUACAGGAAAUUUCCUGGUCACCAAGACGCGGUUCUUGCGUUGGUUGCGGGAAUAUUUUCUACCUGCUGUCGAUGUCAUAGGUCUGGCAGGCCUUAGGACGAUGUCGACGUUCCGCUCGCACAUCGACCUAUUCAACUUGCCUCCAGAGUGGCUCGAGCUGGAGGCGUGGGCCGCGCGCGAUAAUGGCCGGGGCAGUUAUCAUGUCCUGUUUAACGGUGCCAGCGUCGGUGUGACGCUGGACAGAGACGAGUUCGAGGGCGCUAUUCUCCAUCCGGGCGCGCAGCACGUAAGCUGUAGCUCGUUACAGCGCGCUCACGUCUGCUAUUGGCGCUUCCUCCUCACUCUGGCCCAUGUUCAUCUCGGCGACACCGCACUGGAUGCCCGCGCGGUGUUCUUCGCCGCUCUUCCACAUGCGCCGACGAGGAGCACUCGCGACGCUAUGCCUGUCAUCUUUCAGGAGCUGCCAUAA